AGUAGAGUCUUAGUAUUGAGAAUCUUCCUGGCAAAAAUGGGAGAGAAAAAAGGUGGAAAUCCGGGAGAAAAACGGACUAACAAAUCUAAAGAUGGCGGAUCGAGCGAUGAUUCGAAAACAUCCUACAAGAACUUUGCUUUUCUCUGCCUAAUGGUUCUGCCAUCUCUAUUCUGGCUUGCAGCUGUCGGUGGUGAUGUUAUUUCUAAUGCUGGUACAGUAUUUGGAAACAAUUCGAAGAUUCUAUCGGUGAUCGGGCUGAUAGUAAUUACAAUCAUUGCGGGAUAUCUCUUCAAACCGCUAAGGUUGUAUUCAAAACUGUUGCUUCCUGCGUUUCUUUGGGCGCUUCUUCUUCCCACUUUUCAAAUAUAUUUGUGCUCUCCACUGGAAAUCAAGAACGAAAACAUCGGAACACAAUACAGCUUGAAAACGACUGCGUCGGAAUUUCUUCAGCAAGCUUGUGAAGAAGUUUGCUUGAAUAAAUCAAAAAUUCCAUCAUCUUACGCCUUAACCUUUUUUACUCCUCGAGUUUCGCUUCGCGUCAAGUUCAGCCAGAUCGUAGAUUUAAACAUAACGACGUCAACAAUGGUAGGCGACGAAAAAGUGCCUUUGGCAAAAAUUGUACUUCUGAAAUCAUGGCGGAGUGUGAAAGGAAAGUACUUUGGUCUUCAUAUCAUAACAAGGGUACCAGUGAAGAUUAAAAAAUUUCAAGAAAGCAUGACUGCCAAGCAAGGAAUGCUUUUAUCAGGGAGAGUGGAAAAUAUCCCUUCAGAUCUGAAGAAACUUCGUAGCGAUCUGGAAAAGCAGAGACAUUUUAUUCGACCGUUUGUUUUGGAAGUCUUCAGGGCAACCCCGAUUGAAGAGUGA